CAUACUUUCAACACAAAAAUUGAUCGAUAAUUAGUCUCAGCAGGUUUCAGAAAAUCAUCAAACAAAGCUCUCAGGGAAAUUCUCUCUAGCUGCCCAUCAUCAAAAGAUUGCUUGUCGAUUUAUUCAAUCAUUUUACGAGUACUAGCAUCAUCAUAUAUCCGAAAGAUGUCUUACGCAUUGACAAACUAUCUUCCAACUGCUAGACGGCAUAACCGAAGCGGAACUCCACCUGCAACUGGUCCUGGCUGCUACGGAAACACGGGAGCACUCUGGACUCAACAACAGGAAGAGUCUCCUCAUUUGCUCAUCCGCCGUCAAAAUCGGAGUGAAGAAAUUCCAAGACCUCUCUCACCAAACUACUCAAUUGUCCCCUCGACGACUGGCCUCGAAAGAACAUGGAUUAAGCCUUCCCUAAAAACGUUUCCUCAAUUCACGAAGUUUCUAGCCGAACUUCGAAUCAAGAUAUAUAAGUUCGCAUGUCUAGAACCGAGAGUAGUUCCUAUCUAGCCAGUCAUCAUCAAUCGUACGAACAGACAAGUCGAAUUUAGAUUCCGAUCCGAGACUCCUACAAUCAUGCAAGUCUCCUACGAAGCCAGAAAAGAAUCACAAAGAUUAGAUAUCUACCCUCGAUCACCUAAUUCUCCAUUUCCAUUUCCUCGCAUCUGGUUAAAACCUACUGUGGACAUCAUUUGCCCUGUACGAAAUGGCAGAACCCCGUGGACUGAAACCCAGUUUUCGAUCUUCGCUCAAAUAAUUAUCUAUAUGUGGAUCGAACGAUUAGGUCUUGAUAACUUCGUUUCUCCAAAUUACAAGUCCGAAGCCGCCCUAGACGAGUGGAACAACUUCGGCAAAUUCGCGAAAUGGAUGAAUCAGAAUCUUCACCAAAUCUUGCUUUACACUUCGUUGAAGCAGUUUAACAUCCAUUACCAGCCUCUCAAACUUGUUGAGACUAAAAACUACCCGGAGCAAAGUUCAGAGGUACUUAUGAUAACUUCUGUUGCAGCGCGCAGAAGAUUCGAAGAAUUGUAUCUAAUGAUGCUAGAUCUAGAAGCCUCCCGCACUGACCAAAAUAUAAUAGGUGAAGUUUAUGAGGAUUUUGCCAGAGAGAAAGAGAAGAUGCCAUGGGUACCUGGUUGGCUCUACGAACAUGGAAGUACCUGGGUUCGGCCAGAACCUAUAUCCUUAUCUGCAUUGUAGACCUACGGGAAAAGACAAUUUGCCUCGAAUAUUAGGCACCAAAUUUUUGGGUGAACAUCUCGGGUAAAUUGUAAACCUCUUUAGACUGUCGGUGACUAUAUUUCUAUAAGCUGCGAUUUAGCUCUAUAAUUUAAUAAUCUAAGCUCUGCAGCUAAUCCAGUGCAACUUUGACAGCU